AUGAAGUUUCCUAUCAUCUCCCUGAAAGACUUUUCGUCUGAAUUUGACAAGAUCUCCAAGGAAAUCUUCAAGGCCAGCCAGGAAUGGGGCUUUUUCAUUUUGAAAGACCAUGGAAUCGAUGGAAUCAAUCAGAUGUUUGACCGGGCGCGUGAAUUUUUCGAGUUGCCAAUGGACAUCAAGUCCGAGAAGAUACUGAAUGAAGACCCAGUUGGAUAUGAUGGACAUCAAAGUACUACUUUUGCUGCUUCAGAGGGAAUGUCUUUUGGGCUUCCCGCGGGACAGUUGUCCAAAAGUAAUAACAUUCAUUCCUGGUGGAAUGAGGAUAGGAUCAGCGAAGUUGAAACCUUCAAGGCUCAGUGCAAUGAGCUGAACCUCAAGAUCAUGUCUUGCUUCGCCGUCAACAUGGGUCUUCCGAAAGAAUUCUUUGUGGCUUCGCACAGACAAGAAUUGCCAGGGAACACGCUUAAGCUUAUCAAAUACCCAAAAAUGGAUGAACAGCCAGGAGAGUCAAUUCCUCGACUAUCCGAGCACACAGACUGGGGAAGUGUGACCAUCUUAUUCACAGAGUCGCCGGGUCUAGAAGUUCGCGACCCUAGCAAUCAAUGGCAUGAAGUUCCCGUCAUCCCUGGCGCAGUUACCGUCAAUAUUGGUGACGCUCUUUCUCUAUGGACUGGAAAGCAGCUCAAAUCCACCAUGCACCGCAUUUCUUGGGAUAAAGUACCGAGAUCCCAGGAUCGCUAUAGUAUUCCCUAUUUUGUGCACCCAAAUUUCGAUACCAAUCUCCAACUUAAUACGCUGCCAGAUGAGUCCGAUGACCAGCAACUUACGUACAGCGAUUACUACAAAGUCCGUCUUCGAUUAACUUGGGGCAGCCUGGAAGAGAUGGAUGGUAUCAAAAGAUUUGGCGACGUCGACGACAAGACAUUAAUGCGUUUGAGGACGUUGGGUGUGGCAAACGCGGGUAUUUUGGAGUCGCACAGUGUAAAUCUAUGA